AUGACUAUCAGCAAUAAAAAAAGGCAGCAAUUACAGGCUCUUGAAAAGGCCAGGGCCAAUCAAAAACGUAUAAAAACAGCUCAUUUUGACAAUGAAGACAACAACAACAAAAGUGUAUUCAAGCCACUGGACUUGUACAAUGACUCUGAGACAUCACUCUGCAGACUAGGAGUGGAUGUAGUCUAUAUAGCCCCUGACCCCUGUGGCUCCGAACUGGAUCAUCCUCCAGCUUAUCCCAAUUCCCCCAAUUCUUUUGACUCUGACUCUUCUGAUUCUGAAGGAGAUUCCGACUCUGGCUCUAGCAGUGGAGAACUCCCAUGGGAACUUAGUUAUUACCGCCCACCAACUGUUGCCCAAGCGCAGACAGCACUUGCCACACUUGAUUCUGCACGCCAGACCCAACUUCCAUCAGGUGGAUACAAGUACAAAGACCUGGACCGGAUCACUGCUGAGCGAUACACUGCAAUACAAGCCUGUCUGAACCAAUUCCUUGAGGCUGAGCCAAAAGGAAAGAAAUUUAUUCAGGCAUCCAAGGAUGCAGCACGUUGGUGGAAUGUAUCCACACUGGAGGAUGAGGAUGUGUCAUCUGCAAUCAGGCUUCACUUACAGAAAGCUGGGAAGUUGGCGGGUGCACAGGAUGUGGUGGACUUUCUGUCUGAUCCAGAGGUUCGGAAAACACUGGACAUCAAGAAAAAGAUUAGUCUUCGAACAGCACAACGCUGGCUCUCUUGGGCUGGUUUUUCUUGGCAAUCUGAACCUGUGGGCCAAUACUUUGACGGUCACGAACGACAAGAUGUAGUUGAAUACCGGCAAAAGGUAUACAUACCUUUCCUGAAGAAAAUCGAGCGGCGGCAAAUAAUUUAUAAUUGGGAUGGUGUUGAAGAUCCUACACGUCCAUUGCGAUUACUACCUGGCAAGAAACCCAUCAUUUUGUGGUUUCACGACGAGACAAUUUUUUACGCAAACGAUCGUCGUAAAGUUCGAUGGGUCUUUGUUGGAGAAAGCCCAGUACCACACAAGAAAGGAGAGGGGUGUAGUUUAAUGGUGGCCGACUUUGUGUGUGCAGAGUUUGGGUGGUUGCGUGGACCGAAUGGUGAAUCUGCAAGAGUAACAAUGUUUCCCGGGGGCGACAAAGAUGGAUGGUUUACAAACGACCGUGUCAUUCUUCAACUAGAGGAUGCUGUCAAAAUUGUCAACGAACACUUCCCCCAGUUCACUCACAUAUUUGUGUACGACAAUGCUCCUUCGCACACGAAACGCUCGCUUUCCUCACUUUCCGCUUAUGGAAUGCCCAAGGGUCCGCUUCUGGACUGGCCUUACUACAAGGACAAGGACGACAAACGCGUGUUUGUGAGAAUGGAGAAUGGUUUUCUCCCAGACGGCUCACCCCAGGAGUUCUAUGACCCAAACGAACCCAAUUGUUUCAAGGGAAUGUCGUGGAUUCUUUGA